GGGAGAGACAGCACCGAGUGCUCUAAAGCACCAAGUUCUGUGCUGCUUAGAAGCACCAAAGGCUUCAUUUUGAGACAAUUUCUGGUCUCACUACGGUACCGGUCCGGGAUCUCUGGGAUAGAACCACUGAAUCAAAAAGGUUGGAAAAGACCUCUAAGAUCAUCUAGUCCAACCGUGCACCUACUGCCAAUAGUGUCCACUAAACCGUGUCCCUAAGUCCUACACCUACCCUUUCCUUCAACACCGCCAGGGAUGGUGACUCCACCACCUCACCGCUCUUUCUGGGAAGAAAUUCUUUGUAAUAUUCACCCUGAAAUGCAGUCUCUGCCUUCGUUUUGUUGUGAAGCAAGCUCACCUGAGUUUCCUUCUACAUUCAGACAUAAACUCCUGCAUUUUGUGAGCUACAGAUAAGAACUGCCUUCUCAGCAGCCUAUGAUAAAAACCAUCAAUAAAGUUUUGCUAAAAGGGAAAACCAAGGAGCACGCCCAGCACGCACCACUGCUCAUUUAAAGAGAGACCGCGAACUUCUCAAUCAGAGCAGCUUAAACACAACCCCCCCGCCCCCUAGGCUUCCUCUCUCCCUCCCUCCGCGUUCACACGUCUCUACAUCCUCUCGAAACGCCUUUCAGCUCAGGCAGGAGGAAGCAUAGGCGCCGGCACCCUCCGACAUCCCUUCCCCCCGCCGCCCUCACUCCGCACCCAGCAGCGCGGGGUCCCGCAGCCGCCAGCCGGUAAUGGGGGCGCCCUGCCCUGCGCCGAGGCCGCAGCCCUCUCCGGCCCGCAGGUGCGGCACGGCACAGCACGGCACGGCGGGGGCGGGCGGGCCCCGCGGCUCUCAGCGCGGCGCCGAGAGGAGGGGCCCCGCCGCCGAGCUGCCAGAAGUUUCCGCCCGCCCGAGCCGCGGCAGAUUAUGCGGGGAUUGCCGCGAGACUAAAUUCGGCCCCGUAAGGCGAUUGCCCGGCAAAGCCGCAGGCGGGGCCGCCCGCUCCGACAGGGCCCCGGGGCGCGGCGACGGGCCGGGCGGUCUCCGCACGCGGUACCCGGGGGGCGGUGGCGGCUGCCCGCACCGCGAGGCCGCCCGCGGCUCCCAGCGGCCACCGGCGCUGCCGGGCCUGCUCUGCCAACGCCUGCGAGGGAGGGAGCACACACAGUCCUCCGACAUUUUCCAGCUACGUGGGAUGAAAUCAUCCUCACGCCUCCCCUUUCAGCUGCGCUGCUAUAUUCAACUCCUUUGUGAAGCCCGUCGUGCCGCACCGCAGCCGCUGAAGCUGCUUUACACUGUCCUCUGCCCGUAAGUGCUUCUAAUGCAGUGUGUGAAUAUAUUAUUCGUCUCCUAAUCUGUAUUCCUCUGCACCACACACAGGAUGUUCCAAGUAAACCACGGGAAAACAAGAUUAAGCAUUCAAUCUAGAAACACAGCAGACGUGCUUAGCACAAAAGCCUGCAGGACUGCUUUCAGAUCCUCAUGCAAAGAACAAACCGAGCGUACCUUCCCUUUGUCUCUCACAUGGAAGAAGUUUGAGAAGCCGGGACCGCUCCCUCCCAUUCACCACUCAAAGCUCAGGGUAUGUCUGCAGUUUGGGGAACUCCUGAGUCAACACAGUUGUGAAAUACUUCCCCAAAAGUCCAAAAUAAAAAGUAAUAAGCGACUGAUUUGUUUUUAAGUGGUAAUGUAACAUCUGUUUUCAGUAGUGAAGGUUUAGAGAAAGCUUUAAUGCAGAUCCAAGACCCCCUCCCCUGCCAGUUGUCAAUUCUCUAACUAAAGAAAACAAUUACAAGGCUCAGCA